CCUGGCCAAGCUAGGCGUCCGCUCUACCUACCCUGGCAUGGGGUGACAGUGGAUAGAUGCCUAUUUAUGGCGAUGGCUACCGAAACUUAAACUCACAUUUCCAUUUCCAUUUCCAAUUCCGCCUCAACAAUUUCUUCCGCUUCAUUGUUCACGGCCAGAUCAAGAUCAUGGGGAGUGAAGUGGAGGUGGUAGAAGAAAUCGCUUUCCCGAAGCAGAUCGUCGGGACAACGACGAAGCCUUUAUCUCUGUUGGGUCAUGGAAUUACAGACAUUGAGAUUCAUUUUCUGCAAAUAAAGUUGACGGCCAUUGGAGUUUACUUGGAGCCUGCAAUUGUGGAGCAUUUGCAGCAAUGGAAGGGGAAACCAGCUAAGGACUUGGAGGAAGACGAUGACUUCUUUGAUGCUAUUGUUUCUGCUCCAGUGGAGAAGGUCAUAAGAGUUGUGGUGAUAAAAGAGAUAAAGGGGUCCCAAUAUGGAGUGCAGUUGGAGAGUGCAGUGAGGGAUAGAUUGGCAGCUGAUGACAAAUAUGAGGAAGAAGAGGAAGCUCAGUUGGAGAAAAUUGUUGAAUUCUUUCAGUCCAUUUACUUGAAGACACACUCUGUUUUGAACUUCCAUUUCCAUUUCCCACCAGCUGCAAGAACACCCGUUGCUCAGAUCGAGUUUUCGAGUGAAGGGAAAGAAGACGCGAAGAUGAAAGUCGAGAACGGGAAUGUGGUCGAGAUGAUCAAGAAAUGGUACUUGGGUGGGAGUAGAGGUGUGUCUCAAGCAACCAUAUCUUCAUUGGCUAACAAUCUUGCCAUUGAGUUAUCUAAAUGAAACCAAAUUGCCUCUACUAGCUUAAACCUAGCAUAAAAAAUGCUCAAUGAUGGUGCAUCCUAGGUUUUUUUCCCCCUCUGGCUACUUGAACCUCAACUUCUCUUUGUUGUUGCUAAAUUACCUAGAGUGGUAAAAAAUUGCCAAGUGUUUCAAUUUAAAAGGGCCUAUCGAUAGCGUAAUAUGCAUAACAAUAUGACCUAGUAUUCGAGUGAAAUAUUUGCUUCUUAGUUAUGAAAAUGGUCUAACUUAUUUUGUGACAUCGGUGAUGUAUUUAUUUAAGACAUGUCUUCGAACUUUUAAGCAUGUUGGAUGUGCCACUAGUUAUGAGCAUAGAUUAACUGUUAAAGCAUCUUGUUCAUUCCCUCGAGGUCCAAUGUUCAAACUUCCAACUUCAUAUAA